GCGUGUCACUCUCAACUCUCUGCAUCUCACCCUGUACCUUCUCCUUCCUCCUCCCGUAUCCUCUGAUCAAUCCAUGGAAGGAGCUCGGGUCACACAAACUCCAAUGCCGCAAGACACGCCGACCUCCCCAAGGAGACCUCCGACGGCCACAGCCUCCUUCACAGGGGUCUCAGGCCAGAGCCCUCCCUCCCUGUUUCCACACACUCCCGUCGUCGCUGGCGGCCGUGCAGGCAAGGUGCUCGACGAAAUGCCUCCUGACACGCCAAGGCUCGUCGUCGCAAGCCUCGAGCUGCAGCGGCGGUCGUGGGCGGACGUCCCGCCGGACAUCCUCGGGAUCGUGGCCGGCCGCCUCCCCUGCGUUGAGGACCGCGCCAGGAUGCGCUCCGUCUGCGCCGCCUGGCGCGCGGCGGCGCGCCUCCACCGCCCGCUGCCGCCGCCGCUCCCCCUGCUCGUCCACGCGGACUUCGCCUUCUCCAGCUUCUCCCCCGACGGUGUCACGACGGGGACGCGUCGCAUCCCCCUGCCCGAGGACGUGGCGGCCGACGAUGUCCGUUGCGUGGGCUCGUUCGAGGGGUGGCUCGCCGGCGUGCGGCCGAACCAAGGUCGCUACUUUGGCGAUGCCCAGUGCUUCUUGAUGAACCCUUUCUCCCGGGACGUGCUCCAUCUCCCGCCUCCCUCCGCGUCCUCUCAUUUCGUCGAUGCCCACAGUAGAUCCCUGCCCAUCAUCGGUGGCUCUGGUGUGGUUGAGUGCACCAUCAACGCCCCACAGUACGUGAUGUCGUUCUGCAAGGUAAUCUUGUCCUCCUCACCUGAUUCUGGGUCCAAAUGCAUUGUGGCUGCCUUCUCGGUGCAUCGGAACGGAGCCAAGCUUGCUCUCUGGCGGCCUGGCAUGACGUCGUGGUGCGUGUGCCUUGGUGGCUGCAUAAGCAAGUUCAGUGAUAUUACCUUCUACCAGGGCAAGAUUUACGUGCUCAGCGAGCUCACCACAAAUCUCUUUGUCAUCGAGAUAACAGAUGACGACGACUCUGGGCUGAUGGCUUCUCGUGUCGAGCGUUGUGUGGCCGAGAGGCCUGAGAUCAAGGGUAGCUACACACAGAGGUGGAACUUGGUAGAAUGGCAUGGAAAACUGUUGUUUAUCGCCAGACACUUAGGUGGCGGUGAAGGCUGGCACGAUAUUUGCAAGGUUGGAGUAUAUAUGGUGGAUUUAAGCACUAAACCUCUUCAAUUCACUGAGAUCAACACCUUGGAUGGCGACUGUAUCUUCAUCAGCCCGUGCAGCAGCAAAUCAUUUCAUGCGUCAGAGUAUGACAGGGUGGAAGGCAAUGUUAUCUACUUCAUCGAUGGCUAUCUCUGCCAUGCUAAAAAUGGUCCCCUAUUUGAUAAGUUCAUGUACAACUUGAGUGAUGGUACAUUUGCGCCAUUUGCUGCAGAUUUAUCAGAGUGCAACUUUCAGGCACCAGAUGGCAAGCCCAUGAGUCAAACGUGGUUGUUUCCUUCUGAAUGAACUGCAGCACAGCAACUCCGAUGUUAAUGAAUCUUUAAUGUAUCAGAGAUCCCUGAUGCUGCUUGGCGCGUGGACCAUUGUGUUUGCUUUUCAAGAACUGAAAAAUAAAAACUAGUGUAUGUUGUUGUCUAAUUUGUGAUUAUUAUGAUGCUUGCCGACUUAAACUGUUUUAGUACUUCGUUUUCAAAUUUCCAUUUGGAUCAUCAGUUGAUUCACAUUUCUGGGAAUCAGUAGUUAAGUGAGCAGUGGUUCUUCAUAUUAACUAGACUGUAGUGGUUCUGCAAUUCCUCACCUAUCCUCUUCCGGUCCUUUGGGUAUUUCUGUCACUGGAGUAGACAUUUCUACUAGUGGUUAAUAUAGCUAGUGGAGUGUUAUAUCUUCAAGUUUUAUUCAAUGGAUUUCAUUUGAAUCUAUGGAACUGCUUGCUUCCUUAUUGAAGCAUGGUAUUAUUAGGGAUGAGCCUUUCAGUGCUGUUGAUGCCCAUACAGCAACAAGUCUCCUCAAUAUGUAAGCAUCGUAUCAGCACAUGCAGAUUGUAUUAGUAUUUGAUUAUGAGCUGAUUUAUAAAUCUCUUAUUUUGUAUGACAACAUUAUGUCAUGCCUUGUGAUCUCGAACACUACUUAUGAUAAUAAGAAAUCCAAAGUACAGUGGCUAUAGAAAGAAAGGAAGAGUUCGAUUGCUUGGAGAAGGUAUUCUUCUUGGUCGACUUUUUGCAUAAAAAUAUUUAAUAUCACUAAAGAAAAAUGUUUUAUUUAAAACAGGGUAUUUUAUCAGAUAAAACUGUUCCUUUGGUAACCCACCAAGUGGAUUUUCUGCCCCUUAUUUGACUAGUGAAAAAUUUCGGCAGUUAGAUGGGGAGGUUAUUCAUCUGCACCUUAUCAAAUUCUAUUGGCAGACUGUCAACAAUUUAAGGACCUUGUAAAUGCGCAUAAAGAUACCGUUGGUGAUUCAAAUCUUAACAGUAUGGCCUCUCGAAGAGUAAAGGAAAUACCAAGAACAGCGACUGAUAAUAUUCAUGGAAACAGAUAUAUGGAGGCUGUGAAGCCAUCACCAGUAGAUCACUCGAUCAAGAGAGGAAAGAGAAUCAGGGGAUACAGGUCUUAAGCCUUAUAUGCUUUACCUGUGCCAGAACAAAGGCUUCUUGUAUGCCUCUCUUUCUGUUAUUUCUCACAUAAUUUUCUUAGCUGAUCAAAUUUCACAGAAUUCAUGUAUGGCUGCUAAUGUCCAAAAUGCCUGUGUUAGUUUAGUACACUGAAGUUAAUUUCUGUGUACAUUGUUAUCGGAGUCUGCACCAUUUUCUUUGUGCUAUCACGAUCUUUGUUCCUCGUUGUUCUCGGAGUCCAGACUUCAAGAUCCUUGUUUUCCCAGUUGCUCAAUUCAUUGUUCCAUGCACCUAUGUCCUUUUUUGAUUCUACUCCUAUAGGCAGGAUUCUUAGCCGGGGUAAGAAAAGCCUGAAACAAAUGACCGAUAUGGUAAUUACAGUUCUGUUUCACAUUCAUUUUCUAAUGAUGGAUUAUCCCCUGCAGGUCUCUUCAGAUUUGAGUAUCAUUGAUCUUGAUGUUCCAUUUGCCUUCAUGUUUACCUUUAGUGCCAGCUUAACUACAUAUAGCAAUCUGGUAGUGUUGGCUGUUGUCACAUGGCAAGUUCUGUUUGUAUCGUCGCCGAUGAUAGUUUUGGCAAUUCGGUUGCAGGUGAUUGAUCUAACUUUAUUUCUGCAUGGCUAAAUUCCCUUUCUAUUGUUAUUUCAUUUCCCGAAUGAUCUACUCUGCUGAAUUUUCACCCAUGGGGUUAAUUUAUCAGAUGUUUCCUCACAAUUCUGAUUGAGUGAGAUCUGUUAUAUUUGGUCUUCUAGAGGUACUAUUUAGCCUCAGCUAAGGAAUUGAUGCGGAUUAAUGGCACUACCAUGUCUGCCCUAGCAAAUCACUUUGAAUCGAUUUCAGGGGCUAUAACAAUACGUGCCUUUGAGGAACAAGAUCGUUUCUUUGCUCAAAAUUUGGAGCUAGUCGACA